AUGGGGAGCAGCCUGACUUUCCUCCUUGGUGUCCUGCAGCUCCUUGCUGCCACCAUGGCUGCCUACAAGAAGUGGAUUCCCAACACCAAUUUUGAAACAGCAUCCAACUGGGAUAAAGAGCGAAUCCCGUGUGCCAGAGACACGAUUCACUUUGAGAAGGACGAGGUGGUCUCAGUGUUUGUCAGGUCUACCCACGCGCUGACGGACAUGUACCUUCCCCUGAACGGAGAAUUUCUGCUGGCAUCUGGCUCUGGGUUUGCAGCUUUCGAUGGCAGCUGGGACCCGGGAUGUGGCUCAGGUGCGGUGCUGAGCUUUGCCAAUGCUGAGCAGCACUCGUGGUUCAACCCCGAGCUGUGGCAGGAUGUGUCCUCCAGAGUGCCGGCCGGCCGCAUCUUCCUCCUGGACGAGGAACGUGUCCCAUGCCAGUACGACCGCGUCAUCUUCCAGCCUGAAACCUCCUUCAGAGUAAACCUCGACUCAUCGCGGCAGGAGAUCCCUGUUCAGAGCAUCUCACUCAUGGGCCAGGAGCUGAGCAGCGCUGAGGCGUGGGCCGAGUACCUGAGGAGCCCCUCUGCCGCAUGGCAGUUCCACGGCAAUGCCACCCUGCAGGUGACGGGCACCCGCUGUCCCCACAGCUCCGGCUGCGCCUGCGGGAACUCCCAGGAUGGAGACCGCAUCUGUGCAUCACUGCUCAGGGCGGAGAGGUGCCCAGCGCUGGCGUGCCACAGCCCUCUGCGGCCCCUCGGCCACUGCUGUGGGGUCUGCGGAGCUGUUGUCACUCUGGAUUUUAAGCCCGAAUUUGACCUGCAGCAAUACCGGGACAGAGUGGUGCAAGCGUGGCUCAGCCUGCCCAAGUAUGCUGGUGUUCAGAUGGCCAUCUCCAAGGUGCACAAGGCUCAGACCUUCCUGGGACUCCUCCCGCGGGGCUCCACGCCUGUCAUCCAGAUUGUGCUGGUCGAUGGUGAGGCUGGGGUGCAGACAGGCAGUGCUGCAGAGCAGCUGGCUGCAGACAUCAUGGGUGACAUCGCACAGCAUGGUGAAGCUUUGGGCAUUCCAGCUGGCAGUGUGGAGGUGGCCACUGGCAGCACUCUCGGCGGGCAGAUGGCAAUCCAUGCCUCCAGGCAGAUCGCACUGGGGACUGUCCUGGGGCUGCUCUUCACUCUGCUGGUGCUUGGAGGGCUCCUCUACGUGCACAGGAAGGGAAAGCUGAGGCUGCAGGCACUGCAUCUCCCCCGGCUCUGGAACAGAGCAGAGGACCUGAACAGCCCCGAGCCAGAAAGUGGGAAAGGCUUUGACAACCCCAUGUUCGAUGUGGAGCUGCCGGGUGCUGGCAUUGUGGAGAAGACGCUGCAGGAGUUGGCUCCCGAGGGCCACCAGGUGUUCUACCUCAACCCCCUCUAUGACCCCAGCGAGACCGAGACCUGAUGGCACAGCCACAGCCUUCCCAGGGACACCGCCACGUGGCUCCUGGUAGGGUCCAGACCAUGGGCAAGCCGUGCCCACCUGAAUAAAAACGUUG